ACAUGGCAGAGAAAAUACCUUGGAUACAUUAGAUGGAGUUCUAGAAAGAUGAGAGAUGUAACGGUGCAUAAGUCUGUUUUAAGCGUUUCUCUUCACUCUAUAGAUGAUAUUAUUACACAAAGCAUUUUUGCAUUUUCUGCCUUUCUUGCUGUUUUAUGAGGGAGCGCCACGAUGUGACGAGGAAAUUCGAUUUCUCCAACGUUGCACGCUUGCGAUGAAGACCGCUUUGUUGAUAUAAACAGGAGCAAUAGUUUUAUCACAUCGCUCGCUAAUAGAGACAUGGUAUAACACAAUUCGCAUGUUCAAUUAACAGGUUUAUGGACAUGACCACGAUAAUUUUUCUGACCUCGAUAUUGCCCAUUGUGUUUACAUGUGUGUUUGUUUACAUAAGAAUUAAUGUAAACAAAUGAACCCAUUUAUAAAUGUAAAAUCUAAAGUUCAGUAAAUAUGCGCUCUGCUCGCACUCACAAGCUGCUGAACGCUGCACCAAGAGUGAGGGGAGAGGGCGACGCAGUGGAGGGAAUUCCCUGCAUUUUGAAAGUGAAAUAUGCGGGAAUGAUUAAAACUGUGCUCAAUCCCCACUAUCCCACACUAUUGAGCUAACAUUCGUUAUUCAGAUUUAAUUAGGCUACUUGUCUGGUCGGGCAAGUCAAUUUCUCUUUAACUUGCCCAUUCAAAAUUACCACUUGUCCCGGACAAACUUUAAUGUCGAGCCCUGUAUUAAAACACCUAUUAGCCUCGAGUAACACGUAAUCUUCACCUGUCGCUGACCGCUCUGUGUGUGUGUGGAGGAGCUGCCUGAGCCCCACCUCUGACAAAAAAAAAAGCAGAUGAGAGCACAGAAGCUGCGCCACUGGCUAAAAUGUUGGUGACAUUCAUUCUUAUGUAAACAAACAUGCAUGUAAACACAAUGGGCAAUAUCGAGGUCAGCAAAAAUGAUCGCAGUCAUGUCCAUAUAUUGUACGAUAAGUCGAUAACGUAAUUACUGUGACAGGCCUAAUUACAAUUCAAAAGGCUCUUUUUGCAACUGUACCUGUAAGACUUCUAUAUGUAAAUGACCAUUAUGAUUCACAGACCAUUUUUUUGCAUGUGUAAACUACUGGUGUUGUGUGUCAGGGCAUGUCAAGUUACUAAAUACUGAAUAGGUGUCGAUAUAUGGGCAAUCAUCUUGAUGAGCUCUUGAUUUAUGAAUGAGUCAUAUAUUUUUAUAAAUGGUCUGGGUUAAUUGGGGAGGAAGUUUGAGGUUUGAAAGUAUGUUCUCACUAGGGAUGUCCCUCUCCGAUCCACGUCAUCAAUAUCGGGCUGAUACUGGCCCAGAACGCUAGAUCGGAGGGGAGAAAAAAAUAUGAUCCGAUACCUAUCCAACACAAAUCAUGGGAAAAUCUUGCUUAAACCAUCACCUAAAUGCUUGUAUAUUAGCAUUUGCCGUGCUGCGACAUCCAGUCAAGCGGCACAGCCUGUCACGUGAUAACAGUAGUAGCCAAUUAUAGUCGCAUGAGUAUAAUAGUUAGCUAACUUACAGAAUAGUCAUGUCAGCGGUGUGGAAGUAUUAUAACCUUAAAGAGGAAAAAAGUCCAACGGUCGAAAGCAAAAUUUGCAACGCAAAUGUUUCGAGGUGUGGCAGUGCUGUUGGUCGGUUUAACACCACAAACUUAAUUGAGCAUUUGGAAAAACACCACAUGGAAAAACACCUGGAAUUUCUGCAAGCAACAGCUGCAAAGAAGAGUAAAACGCCCCAACAGCAGACAUUGCUGGAAUCAAUAAAAAGUCGAGAGAAACUCCCCCCAUGCAGCAACAAGGCGAAAUUGAUAAUGGAGAAACUAGUUCAGUUUAUUUUCCUGGAGGACCAACCCCUUUCGGUGGUAGAAAAUUUGGGGUUUCGACGCUUAAUUGAGCAUCUCGAGCCUCGCUAUACUUUGCCCAGUCGCCAUUAUAUAACGGAAAAGGUCAUCCCUCAUAUGCACAAUGAAGUUUGCGAUUUCCUCUCCAAACUCUUGGAGAAUGUAGGUGCGGUUAGUCUCACAACAGACAUCUGGAGCUCAGACGUGAGUCCAAUGUCCUUGUUGAGUCUGACCGUGCAAGGGAUAGACUCUGAUUUUACCUUGAAAAAAGCUGUGUUGCAUGCCCGAGAGUUUCGUGGCUCGCACACAGGGGAUUCUAUUAUGGCAGCCAUUGAGGAGAUGCUGCGUGAAUGGAAGAUUAAUAAAAACAUGUUUACAAACUACAUGUAGUUUUAAGGGACAAUGCAAAAAACACGAAGGCGGCCAUGGAUCAACUUGGCGUGGCGAGUUUAGGAUGCUUCGCUCGCACACUGCAGCUAAUUGUACACGAGGGACUGUUGUCGCAGCACAGUGUAAGUGAUGCAUUGGCCAAUGCGAGAAAAAUUGUAGGCCACUUUAAACACUUACCCCUUGCCUAUUCACGGUUAGAAGACAUCCAAGUAGAGCUAAAUAUGCAGCCUAAGCAUCUGCAGCAGGAUGUCCAAACUAGAUGGAACAGCUCCCAGUACAUGAUUGAAAGCCUCAUUGCGCAAAAACGGACACUAUCUGCAUAUACAGCUGAAUACGACCUGAGAGCCACACUGACAGCAAACCAGUGGGGGCUGUUGGAGAAGGCUUCCACGGUUCUGGCCCCUUUUGAGAUGACGACAAGGGAGGUGAGUGCCUCCUCCGCAUCUGUAGCUGAUGUCAUCCCCAUUGUGUUCUCAGUCGGGAAAACGAGGCUGAUCAGGGGAUUAAGACAAGACAUGAAAUGUACCCUCCUUGACGCAGUCAACAGACGUUUUAAUGACGUGGAAUCUGAGCCAUUAUACUCGGUUGCUACUCUGCUGGAUCCACGUUACAAAGACAGGUACUUUACAAAUGCAGACACUUUGAGACUUGGAAAAGAAGCAUUAAUGGCAGAGGUAGGAAAGAUGGAGGAAGUGUUGAAGACUACAUCUGAAACUACAGCCUCCGAGCCAGCAGACAAAACUCCACGGACGGAGGCUUUAGGCACAAGUACCAGCAGCCUUGGCAGUAUCUUUGAUGAAAUCCUGGAGUAGAGCCAAGUAUUACCUGUUCCUAAGAUAACCACAAGUGCACAAAUUCAAGUGGAGACCUACCUAAGUGAUGCAAAUAUUCCACGGUCAGACAAUCCCUUGCUUUACUGGAAAGUAAACCAACCUCGACUGCCCUCCCUGGCAGCCACGGCAGCUAAGUUUAUCUGUGCUCCCUGCACAAGUGUAGAGAGUGAGAGGCUCUUUAGCACCGUCUCAAAUGUUAUUGAUGAAAGAAGGAGCAGGCUGACGUCAGAGACCGCUGAAAAACUAAUCUUCCUAAAGAAGAAUCUGCCCCUCAUGGUUAUGUGAGCAAACGUAAAACAUGUUCAAGAGCUUUGUUGCAGAGAAACGGCACCUGUGAAAGUGAUUUUUUUAUUUUAUUUUUUAUAAUUGUUAAAAAUAAAGCAACUAGGUCAGUAAGGUUAAGGUUUAAACUGUUUGUUAAUGUUAUGUUAUUUAUUUGGAAAGUUAUACAUAUUUAUGGCUUACAGUGUCAUUUUGUUAUUACUACUGUGAUUUGCACAUAGCUGCACUGUAAGGGAUAGUUUUGUAUUUAUUUAUUUGUUUAUUUACAAUGCUGAAUGCUGCUGUUUAAAUAGUUUUAACUUUAAACCUGUUGGUAGCUUUAAGUACUGCAGUACCUGUUUUUUUGUGUGUGUGUUUUUGUAUUGUUUGAAUAAAAGGUGGCAAUCUUUCAUAAUGAACUGUUGUUGUGGACUAUAUACUGGAGAAGUAUUUGUUCUCCAUUUGAGUGAGAUGUUUUAAGGUGGCUAAUAAAACAAAAUAUCGGAUUGAUAUCGGUAAAUAGCCAAAGCUGCGGCAUCGGUAUCGGAAGUGAAAAAGUGGUAUCGGACAUCCCUAGUUCACACCGUACACCAAACAUUUAUUUCAACAAGAAAAGAAGCAAGAAAAAUCUUUUUUUCAUUGAAAUGAUCACUUUAAAGGUGCAAGCAGUCACUAUGCAUGUUGUCUUGGACAUACACGGACACCAAGUGGCAUGAAUGCAGCAUCAUUCAAAUGCUAAAGUUUUCAGUUACCAAUGCCAUUGUAGAAAUGUACUAUCACAGUCAGCCAUGAUUACUUAAUUCAUGAGUGAAAGUGUCCAAUAACAGGCCGGUAACUGAGAUGUAGUAAUUGGCUGGUCAUGUGAUCAUAUCAUGGCAGCCUCCAUAAGGGGACCCUCUCCAUGUAGAAUAAAACAGCUUUUAUAAGGUUUAUAAAAGACUGGAGUCUUCAUCUCAUGUGAGCAUCCCAUGAUUUUAUACAUUUCACAAUUACCAUUCAUUUCUUACUGAGUACAGAUUUUUUUAAUGAGGAAAAUAUUGAGUGCAUCUUUAAAGACAACAUAAAACCAAAAUGGUCCUUAUUUUCUUUUUCUUGUUGAAUGUCCUGUUUCCCUUGGAAAUGCCACAAUAUGGAAGUACAAUGGGUUGCAAGUGGCAUUUCAUGUUGACUUAAAAGACAAAAUUGAAACCUGAAAAUGUGAACUAUUCCCUUAAACCCUUUAAGCUUUGCUGCAUAUUUUGGCUGCUGUCUGCAAUUUUUAACACCUAAAUUUAAAAGCUCACCUUAUACACAUACAGUGGACUAACUGCAAAAUAUUGGUCUCAUUUUACAGAAAAACACCCAAAUUUGAAAAAAGGUUUCAAUAAUUCAUAAAUAACAUUUUAUUUGUUUACAAUCUUAUGAUGAACAUACAUUAUUAUUAUCCUGUCUUUGAAAGCCUGUGAUUCAGGCUCUGUCCCUGCAAAAAGUGUUCGUUCAUUCCACUAGGAAGUACUAGGAAAAAGAAAUCUAGCGAAAUCACAUUCCAACACAAUAUACAGAUCUGAAGUGCUGGUGGGGCUCUGACACAGCGACUAAUGAAUAUCUCGGCCCGAGUGGACUAGAAGCUUAAUUUAGGUAAAAGCUGAGAUCAUUAGAACACAUUCGUAAGAAUAAGAGCUUUCAGUUAACGUAUGUCUUUAGUAUGUAAGUGCUAUUUAAAAACUAUUCAUAUUUAAGCGUCAUUGCCACAGGGAGGCAUUCAUUUGUUACACCAAAGAAUUCAGUCAUGUUAUUUUAUGUGACAUAAAUGCAAAUGUGAUUGAGUUCUGUGAAAACUUCAGAUUCUACGUAUUUAAAUGGUAGCACAGUGGACUUUUUCAUCUGUAAACGUCUUACAUACUCCUGUCUCUGCCCAUGGAGUU